AAAAAACUGAGUCCUAUGUCGAAGACAAAGCGACUCGCUUAUUCUUCAGCAAAAGUAGUGCCAAUGAGCCAUCAACGUCAAUCUACCCUCGUGGAACUUCGUGUGCAAGAACCCAGACCCCAUCGCUUUCAACACUAUCAGGACAACGUUAUUCCAGUAUCUAUUUUCGAUUCGUAGCACAUGCUUUGCAAAUAGCAUGCCUUUUCAAAAUGUGAGUACAGAAAAGGAAAUGCUUCGUGGGACGAGUGAGAAAACAGAUGAAAAACGGCCUACGUAUUCGUCAGACGGGCAUCUUCGUGAGGAGGGACGACGCAUUCGUUCCUCUGCUCGCUGUCUCUACGAAAAUCUCCCACCAAACUCUCUUCAUUGAAUGGUCUACAUAGCACAGAAGUUUUUUUUUGGCUCGCCAAAGUAGAGAACAAGAGGGGAAGAUACACGUCGCACAGACGGAAGUAGGGUUUGAAGCGCUUCAAGACGUUCAGAAACGGGCAGCACGGACUCAGAACUUAGUACAGACUUCUCGAUUUAUUUCACCAAACAAGUCGAUUAAAAACACCAAAAAUGGCCGCAGCAAAGGGAGCCGCGGUUCCGGGCGCGGAACGUAAACCGCGGUUGGAUCUUUUGACACAGGGUGAUCUCUUUCUCCGUCCGGGCAUGCCUCUGAAGCCGGGGACUUUCCGAGCCUCGGCCGCGAGCGCGGGGGGCGGUGCAUCCCCGACCGCGGGUGGAGCAGCGGGUGGCGCGGCUGGGGCCGAUGGUGAAGCUGCCACCGGAGAGGUAUCGCACGAAAAAAGUGUUACAGUUACACAUUUGCUGUAACUGCAGCAUCACAAGUUUUCUCCACGUGACAGAGAAAACUUGCAAUGCAAAGAUCAUAAGGCAAAACAGGAAGGAAACGAGGCUCCAAAGCAUUUCCUCCAUGAGAAAGAUUGUCUGUGUUACCAAUUUUGCAACACAAUGUGUAACUGUAACACUUUUUUCGUCCUAUAAGAGGGAAAGCCAGGACAGUGCAAGACGCCACCGGCGCUCCAGGCGAUCAUCGACCGCGCAAAGUUGCUGGCCACGAAGAGUAUCAUUCCUGAGCACCUGUUAAACGGAGACACGGCACAAGCGGAGGACCUCGAUAAGGCGGGAGAGUAUCAAUGCUGAUCAUGACUUUUAUGUCGAGGGCUUAUUUCAUAGAUGAAUUCAUGAGAACACUUGGAGUACUAUUCAGUGCAUGCGCAGACCUGGCACAGGCAAGACCACGUUCGCGUUUGCGAGACGUGGAAACAAGUGGGACAAUUACAAAGGCAAAAGUUUUUUCCAAAAACCUUUGCAGAAAAUCGCCGGCGGACAGCCCCAAACGGGGAAAGAAACACGACGUGAAGCUGGCCUUUCCGGAGGAUUCGGAGCUGGUCUUUUUCGAGAAGCAGAAAGUGGUGCAAGCGGGCGAGUCCACGGGACAGGAGGAGACCGCCGAGAAACCCUCGCGCGAAUGGACCAACAGUGCAGAAUGCGUGGCGGACUUCCCAGAUUUUCUCGGAGAGCUCGCGGAACUGUGCCGGACACUGUCGGUGGUCCUCUCCAGUCGCUGCGAUUACCUGCGGCAAAAACUGAAAGAAGACCCCAAUUGCCUGAAGCAGGGAUCCACCAGCUACCGGUUGAUGCUCCAACUCGGCACCGCAGCGCAGAACGGCGUCUACGUGCUCCAGAAAGCGAACUUUCUCUUGAGGUAUUGUUUUGUUUACUACAAUAGGCAAGCGCAAGAUUUUCAUUUUGAAGCAAUUUGAAUUUCCUUUUUUUCACCGGAUAAACAUCCACCGCCAUGAAUUGUCCACGCAUAUUAUUGAGGCAACGCCAAUCAAUAUUUAUCAAAUUGAAAAUACCUCCAGGUUGCACUUCACUGACGACGAGGAUCUCCGCAAACCCUCUUUGCCGUUGGCUUUGGACGAAGAAAAUGACACCGCGGACGAUCUGCUCCGCUGUUUGCACACCAACGCUGCUAAGGUCAACACGCUGAUGGAAACCUUGCUUUUCAUCGUCCCCCGCGUUUCCAGGAGUCCGAACCAAGGUACAACCUUCGCAUGCGAAGCAUGUACAGUUCAUCUGAUUCUGCAGUUAUACCUAGCCUCUCGUCGUCUACUUUCUUGAUAGAGACAGAUUUUGAAACAAAACUGCAAAACAGAGCGCAAGAAGGGUGGUUCUAUGAAGCAGCAGAAGGAGUUUGCCAUGAAGUUUAUGGCAGCACUCGGCGCGUCCGUCGAAAACGGUUUCCAGCCCCGAAAGCGCAAAAUCACCAAAAAGGCCCAGAAGGAAGCCAAACUGCAGCCCGCCAUCACGGAGGCGCUCACGACUAUCAUCACCCAGGAUGACUUCGAUCUGACCAUGCAACAGCUCUACGGGUUAACGGACCACUUCCAGCUCUUGAUCGUAUCAUUUUUGAUCUUUUUUUUUCAUACCGAAACAAGCAUGCAAGAUAGAAGUUACUUAAGCUUAUGGCAGUGACUUGCAGUUGCACAAGUUGAAGACCUUGAGUCAAAUAUUUCUACGGCAUAAUGCCAUACCAAAAAAGAUUAAAUCCGAAAGCAAAACUCUACACAGAGCAAGUCCUCCACGGUUGCGCGUCUAUUAGACACGAAGCUGAAGGGAGCCUCGGCUAUGGCGAUGGGUAUCAUGGUUAUUCUCGCGAUCGCCCGCGCGCAGCGCAACUGGCGGAAGCGAAAGGCCGCGGAGAAGGCCGCCGCGGCGGAAGCCGCUGCCGCCGGGAAGGCGUAA